AUCAAUAAAAAGAAGAGAAGACAUGACAUGUACAUUUCGAUAUCCACACAAAAAUCACAAAACAUGGACGCAACACGUAAACAUUGCAUCCCCUAACCUUGAUCAUCAUCACCUCUCAUCCUCCCUAAAAACCACCGCAAAUGAACCAGAGCACCACCACCAAUGCCCCUGCUUCUCUCUUCCACAACAACCACUGCAUCUCUCUUCCUUAAACUUACCUCUCCACUCUCUCUCCUCCGCUUCUCAACCAUGUCUUCCAUCAAUCUUCAAUCCCACGCAUUCGCAGGCAACCCCAUUAAAGCCAAAACCCCCAAAUCAAAUGACCCUUUUUCCCCUAAUUCAGCCCUUGAAGCUCUUAAAUCUCACCUUUUAGGGAAUACCCAUGACGUCAUUGCCCUUAAUUUUAAGGUAUUGCCUUUCAGAAAAGGGCGCCCUUUGGCGGGUUCUCAGGGUUCUUCCCCAAAUUGGCAUCUGGGUUGGCUUAGUUUGGGUGAUUGUAAGGGUUUAUUGGCUGAUUCUUCGGUUAGAUUUGAGGGAGAUUCGUUGGUUUAUCUGGGUUCAAAAUCAGAGGAAGAUUCUGUUUAUUGGGCAAUUGAUGUUUCGGAAGAUGAUAAAUUGGUGGAUGAAUUGGGGAAGAAGUAUUUCUCUUUUGUUGAGCUUAGGACUUUAAUGGUGGCUACUGAUUGGUCUGAUUCUCGUGCUAUGGCUGAUUUAGCUGUUGCUGGUCAUGCUAGAGCAUUGCUUGAAUGGCAUGGAACAUCUCGAUUUUGCGGUCAGUGUGGAAGUAAAACAAUUCCAAGGGAAGCUGGUAAAAGAGUGCAGUGCUCAAAUGAACUGUGCAAAAAGAGGAUAUAUCCUCGUGUUGAUCCAGUAGUCAUUAUGCUCGUGAUCGACAAGGAAAAUGACCGUGCACUUUUAAGCAGACAGUCGAGAUUCGUACCUAGAAUGUGGAGUUGUUUAGCUGGUUUUUUUAAGCCCGGAGAGAGUUUGGAAGAAGCAGUGAGAAGAGAAACAUGGGAGGAAACUGGGAUUGAAGUAGGAGAAGUUGUCUAUCAUAGCUCUCAGCCGUGGCCUGUUGGGCCAAGCAGCAUGCCCUGCCAGUUGAUGGUAGGCUUCUUUGCUUAUGCGAAAUCUCUUGAAAUAACUGUGGAUAAGGAUGAAUUGGAAGAUGCCCAGUGGCAUAGCAGAGAAGAUGUCAAGAGAGCUCUUACAUUUGCUGAAUACGAGAAGGCACAAAAAACAGCUGCUGCCAAGGUGGAGCAGAUUUGCAAGGGGGUCACGCAGAGUCAGAACCUCUCCUCGGACUUCAACACUGAAAGCGGAGAGCUUGCGUCCAUGUUUAUUCCCGGGCCUUUUGCAAUCGCCCACCACCUCAUAUCUACUUGGGUCUUUCAAGGGGCACCAGUAAGCAGUUCUAACAGUGCACUUAAAGAGCCUAAUAGUUCUCUUUCAAAUCUGUAGCUGCUAACUUCUUUUCCUCUCCUAAUUUAUUUUUAAUUUGUAGCUUAUUGUGAUUAUUCUUAUUUCAUCAGAAACAAAUAUUCUUUGCCUGUGA